AUGCUACGACAAGUAUCAUCAAUGAAACGUUUUCUACCCUCCCGUCGAUUUCUCUCUUCGACACCGGCGCCAAAGAUAAAUCCGGCGAUUCUCGCAAACAUAAAGGCUGCCGAUCGAUACAAACCGGGUGAUCGUUACAAUGGAUUCGUUUGCAUCCAGGCGCAGUUCAUUGCCGAUUUCAAUAUGACCGCCUACAUGUUCCAGCACGAAAAAACGGGUUUGCAGUAUCUGCACAUCGACCGACAGGAUAGUAACAAUGUGUUUUCGAUCAACUUCCGCACCACCCCGUUCGACUCGACCGGGCUCCCACACAUCCUAGAGCACAAUGUGCUCUGUGGCUCGGAGAAAUUUCCCGUGCGGGAUCCGUUCUUCAAAAUGCUUAACCGAAGUUUGGCCACAUUCAUGAAUGCGAUGACCGGACCGGAUUACACGCUGUACCCAUUCAGCUCGACGAAUGAAAUCGAUUUCCGCAACCUGCAAACCAUCUACAUGGACGCUGCAUUCCGACCGAACCUAAAGUAUCUCGACUUUCUGCAGGAAGGUUGGCGUUUGGAGCACGCGGAGUUGACAAACCCGAAGUCAGACUACGUCUUCAAAGGUGUGGUGUACAACGAAAUGAAGGGAGCAUUUUCUGAAAAUUCGGCUGUAUUUGGUCAGAAGUUUUUCAACAAAAUCCUUCCCGACCACACGUACGGGUACGUGUCCGGCGGAGACCCGCUCGAUAUUCCACAGCUGCGGCACGAGGAUUUGGUCAAUUUCCAUCAAAAGUAUUACCAUCCAAGUAACGCACGCAUCUUCAGCUACGGUUGCUUCGAUCUCGAUAAAACGAUGGCAUUUGUGGACGGUCAAUAUCUGAGCGACUACGAUCGCAUAGAUUCACGGUACAGCGUGAUUCCGCCGCAGAAACGAUGGACAGGCGCAAAGAAGGACCAUGUUCGUAGCCGGUAUGAUAACAUGGGGGCCCCGAUCGAGAAACAGAACCAGAUUGCUAUCGGUUAUCUAAUGACUGACAUAACCGAUGUUUAUGAAACGUUUCUUAUGCACAUCCUCACGGAGUUGCUAGUGAAAGGGCCGAAUUCGUUCUUCUACAAAAAUCUCAUCGAACCGAACAUCUCCGGCGGCUACAAUCAGCUGACCGGGUUUGAUUCCCAUAUACGCGAUACGAUGUUCGUGGUUGGCUUGCAGGAUCUCGCAGUGGAUGAUUUCGAGCGAGUUGAGCAAAUCUUUGAUCGCACGGUGGAUGAAGUCAUCGACAAGGGUUUCGAGCAGGCACAUAUCGAAAGCGUGCUGCACAGCAUCGAGCUGACGAUGAAGCAUCAAACUACCAAGUUUGGCCUCGGACUGCUGUUCAAUCUGACACCACUCUGGAACCACGACGGGGAUUUGAUAAGAGCAAUGAACGUGUCCGAAUCAGUGCGGAAGCUGCGCGAACAUAUGUCGGCCAACCCAAAGUACCUGCAGAAUAAGGUAGAGUACUAUUUCCGUAACAACAGGCAUCGGCUUACGAUGACCAUGUCACCGGAUGAAACCUACGAUAAACAACUUUUGGACGCCGAGCGAAGUAACCUGCAGCAGAAGGUGGCAAACCUUAACGAUUCCGACAAGGAACGAAUUUAUCGGGAAGGAAUCGAGCUGUCCGAGGCUCAAAAAGCACCCCCGAACACGGAUGUUCUGCCGUGCCUCCGGUUGGAUGAGAUCGAAAAGAAAGUGAGCGAAACGAAAGUUGAUCAGAGGCUUGUCUCCAACGUCCCGACGCAACUGUGUCCUGUGAAUACUAACGGAAUCGUUUACUUCCGCGGCAUACUUGACGUUAAUAGGUUAAACGAAGAGCAAAAAAUGCUUCUUCCGCUGUUCAAUACGAUAAUCACCCAAUUCGGCACAAAGGGUGUGAACUAUCGAGAGUUCGAUCAACUGGUCAGCUCGAAGACAGCGGGCAUCGGGUUUUCGACUCACCUCGUGGAGAAUGUUCACAACACAGAACAGUACGAGUUUGGUCUGUACUUUGGUACGUACGCGUUGGAUCAGAACGUGCCCGAUAUGUUUGAUAUCUUCCGGCGUAUUUUUAAUGAGCUCGAGAUGAAGGACGUGACACGUUUCGAGAUGCUUCUGGAGAACUACCUAUCGGAGAUGUCGAUCGGAAUCGCGCAGUCCGGCCAUAUGUACGCAAUGCAGAAUGCUAACGGGUUGGUCACGGAAACGGGUCAGCUUAGGGAAAGGCUAAUGGGUAUAGAGCAUUUAUCGUUCAUGAAAAACCUCACGCAGAGCCAUAAGCCGGAGGAAAUUUUGGAAAAAUGUCGCUCCAUCACGAAACUGUUCGCCGAAGCGGGGAUGAGGUGUGCCCUCAAUUUUACACCGUCGUCGGAACAACAAACGGUCCGACAUUACGAGUCGUUCGUUAACAGCGUGCCCCUGCGCAGCUCUGCCCGGGUGUGGAAUAUUUCGCAUACACUCGGAGAAGAGGCUAGCAGCAACACCACCUGUCGCCAUACGGUGAUGAAUAUUCCGGUGAACUAUUGCGCCAAAUCGAUCCACGCUGUUCCGUACACCCACCGAGAUUACGCUCCACUAAAGGUGCUCGCCAAGUACCUCUCGGCAAAGUAUCUCCUACCGGUUGUGCGUGAGCAGAACGGAGCGUACGGUGCUGGGGCAAAAAUUACCUCCGAUGGACUGUUCAACUUUUUCAGCUACCGCGAUCCCAACUCGCGCACAACUUUGGACGUAUUCGAUGGAGCUCAUGCCUGGAACGUCCAGUCCGUUGUCGGCCUGGAUGAGCAGACGCUUUUCGAGGCGAAGUUAGGUGUCCUGCAGCAGCUAGACGUGCCUAUUGCGCCCCUUGAGCGUGGUAUGGAUCUGUUUCGACAGGGCAUUUCGGACGAGCUGUUCAGCAAACAUCGGGCAGCGGUGCUGGAAGUAACAAAGGAACAGCUACUGGAAGUGAACGAGCGAUAUCUGCGGCCAGGAGCGGUCGCUGUGGUCGGAAAGUCGGUGUUAGGUCCGGAAAACAAAACGCUUUCGAAGGACGGCGAAUCAUGGAAAACGUUCACACUGUAGAUGUCUUGCACAUGUUAAAAGCUUCUGACGCAAAUAAUGAAUAAAUAAUAUCCAUAAAGG